GAAAAGCUCUCGUGAGUCACUACUCUUCUCUAAUGUCUGUACAUGUCAAGGAAGAACCUGUGCUUGUGCCAAACUGCGAUGUCGAAAAUACAGAGCUUGCAGUUUUUAAUGGAAAUGGAGAAAGUGAGCUUCAGGAUUUCGGGACUUGCGUAGAUGAGAUAACUGAUAGAGUGAAUCAGCUUGAGCAAAAAGUUGUGGAGGUUGAGCACUUUUACUCUUCAAAAGAUGGAGCAGCUCAAACUAAUACUUCUAAGAGUAACUCGGGUGGAAAAAAGGUCGCUAUUUCUCAACCAAACAACUCGAAGUGUAACUCGGCCGGGAAAGAAAAAUCAAAGGGAAAACAUGUUUCCAGCCCUGACCUUAUGCGUCAAUUUGCAACAAUGUUUCGUCAGAUUGCUCAACAUAAAUGGGCAUGGCCGUUCUUGGAGCCUGUUGAUGUUAAAGGACUUGGACUUCAUGAUUAUUACAAGGUUAUAGAGAAGCCAAUGGACUUGGGAACAAUUAAAAAAAAAAUGGAGAGUUCGGAGUAUAACAAUGUCCGGGAGAUAUAUGCUGAUGUAAGACUAGUUUUCAAGAACGCGAUGAGAUACAAUGAAGAAAAAGAAGAUGUUUAUGUGAUGGCUGAAUCUCUUCUGGAGAAAUUUGAGGAGAAAUGGCUCCUGAUAAUGCCUAAACUUGUUGAAGAGGAAAAGAAACAGGCAGACGAAGAAGCCGAGAAGCAUGCAAAUAAGCAGCUUACUCUGGAGGCUGCACAAGCGGAAAUGGCUAGGGAUUUAAGCAACGAACUAUAUGAGAUCGAUCUGCAGCUGGAGAGACUUCGGGAAUCAGUAGUUCAGAGAUGCAGAAAACUGUCUACUCAAGAAAAGAAAGGACUUUCUGCAGCUCUAGGCCGUCUCUCACCUGAGGAUCUGUCUAAGGCGUUAAAAAUGGUUUCAGAGAGCAACCCGAGUUUCCCGGCUGGAGCACCAGAAGUCGAGCUUGACAUCGAUGUUCAGACUGAUGUUACAUUGUGGAGACUGAAGGUGUUUGUGCAAGAAGCAUUGAAAGCAGCUAACAAAGGCUCUGGAGGAACAAACGCUCAGAACAAUAACAAUACCGGAACUGGAGAGAUCAACAAGAACAAUGCGAAAAGACGGAGAGAGAUCUCUGAUGCAAUCAAUAAAGCUUCAAUUAAAAGAGCUAAGAAGGCUUGAAUCUCUCUCUCUGUGUGCUUAUUGAUCAACAAGGAACAAGAGUUUGGUGAACACCAAUCUAAAUUAGAAACUUUCCAGUUCCAUUGCGCAUGUUGCUUCAAAUGUUGGCACAAUGUAAAAAAGAAUGAAUGUGGAAAAAAUCA